AUGCCCUCCGCAUUGCUGAUCGGCGAAAUCACCCAUGCCCGCAAGGAGUGGGAGGAUCUCUCGUCUAUUCUGACUCUCAAGGAAUUCCCCUCGGGGACUCGUGAGGAUUUCAUCCGCAAUUGCAAAGACGGACAAUACGACGAUGUGCUGGUUAUUUAUCGGUCCAAUGUAUCCACCAAGUUCACCGGCCCUUUCGACGCGGAAAUGCUCUCCGUUCUUCCCAAGUCCCUAAAGUACAUCUGUCAUAACGGCGCUGGAUACGAUAACAUUGAUAUUGCCGGGUGCACGCAAAAUGGAAUUUUGGUGUCUAGCACACCCAUCGUUGUCGCCGCUGCGACUGCGGACGUGGCCAUAUUUUUAAUGAUUGGUGCUUUGCGACAGGCCUAUGUGCCAUUGGCUGCUUUGCGAGCCGGUAAAUGGCAGGGACAGACGACCUUGGGCCGUGAUCCUCGGGGAAAGGUGCUUGGUAUUCUUGGUAUGGGUGGUAUUGGCAGGGAAAUGGCCGUCCGCGCCAAAGCCCUCGGCAUGAAGAUCCACUAUCAUAACCGGUCGCGACUGUCGGCGGAACUAGAAGGGGACGCCACAUACGUGUCAUUCGAUGAGUUGCUAGCCUCCUCGGAUGUUCUGAGUCUAAACCUCGCCUUGAACGCGAAUACCCGUCAUAUCAUCGGAGAGAAAGAAUUCCAGAAGAUGAAGGAUGGAGUGGUCCUGGUCAACACAGCGCGGGGCGCAUUGAUUGAUGAAAAGGCGCUGGUGGCUGCGCUGGAAUCGGGCAAGGUCAUGUCGGCCGGUCUGGACGUCUAUGAAAAUGAGCCUGUGGUGGAGCCUGGGCUGGUCAGUAACCCCCGAGUGAUGUUGUUGCCACACAUAGGAACCAUGACCUACGAGACGCAGAGGGAUAUGGAGCUGUUGGUGCUGGAUAACCUGCGCUCAGCGGUGGAGAAGGGGGAGAUGAUCACAUUAGUACCAGAACAGAAGAAAUAG